GAUCGCGCUGCGCACAGACCACGAUGAUGAUGAUGAUGAUGAUGAUGAUGAUGUAAUAAAAUCACGCACCGGUGAUUCUAGAGCACACAAUCUUCGCGCGGAUCACGCGGUGAUGUCAUUAUCUUUACCGUGAGCCGUGUUAAGGAAUUCCAAUCGAGAAACCGGAGGGCAUCCCAUCUCGGCGCGCCUCCGAUGAGGACAAAUCUCAGGACUGCGGCGCUGAUGGCUGUUGCGGUCGGGACUGCACCAAGCUCCGGUAAUAACAGCGGCGACCCCUGCGCUCAGCCGAGCGGCGAGAUCCGUGAAACGGAUGCUCACGAGAACGCGCGCGUCAUUAGCGACUCUCUAUAUGGGAUAUCGGUCAUCAUAACCUGAAUUCGGUGUGGAUUUGAAUAACAGGCAGCAUCCCUCUUAGGACUGUCAAAACAAAUGAAGAAACGGUGCCUGUCAUAAUUCAGUAGGUAAUUCUUGCGUUUACCGGGGACUGAGCACAUUUGCAUCCGGGGGCCACAAGUGCCUGUUUUCUUUCACCAGAUUCACCAUUAAUGGAAACUGAUGCCCUGAUGCCUUUCCUCGUCUACCUCUUCGACCAUCAUUUCUCCUCUAGAGACCCGAGUGAACCAGCAAACCAGGACUAAACGUCUCACUAAUUGACUCUUUGAUUAAAAGAUGACAAGAGCGGAGGAUUCAUGUUGUGCUUUGCUCCGGUUUACUGUAUUUACAUCAACAUUUUACGCAACUCCCGUUGCGCUCAUCUGGUGCUAGGGUGCGCAAGGAGCAGCUGUCUCGAGAGCAAUAACCUCCCGUUAUUUCAAGGGAUUAAGCGCUUUAUUUUAAGGCAUUUCUCAGGAUCGCAUGAUGGCAAAUGAACCCGUUAUCCUCAACGUGUAUGACAUGUACUGGAUAAAUGAAUACACGUCAACUCUGGGUAUUGGGGUCUUCCACUCAGGAAUUGAGAUCUAUGGCAGAGAGUUUGCAUAUGGGGGUCAUCCAUACCCUUUCAGUGGCAUUUUCGAGAUCAGUCCUGGAAAUGCCCCAGAACUGGGCGAGACUUUCAAAUUCAAAGAGGCUAUAGCUCUAGGUACGACAGACUUUGCAGAGGAGGACAUUGAUAAGAUAAUGGAGGAGUUGGGGAGGGAAUUCAGGGGAAAUGCCUACCACCUGAUGCACAAAAACUGCAACCACUUCUCUUCUUCACUUUCAGAGUUGCUGUGUGGUAAAGAGAUCCCCCACUGGGUGAAUCGGUUGGCAUAUUUCAGCUCCUGUAUUCCGUUCCUGCAGAGUUGUCUACCCAAAGAGUGGCUCACGCCCGCUGCGCUUCAGAGUCAUAUCAGCAUGGGACUUCGGAAAGAGAACACACACUCACACUUACACGAGUCCAGUGACGAUGAACCCUCAGAGGCUGGACAGCCUGGAACAUCUCACAACUGCAGACACACACGUGUGUGACAUUGCAAACAAAUUUAUAUGAAUUAACACACAGUACAACACUUAUAUGACCACACAUAAUGACUCCUGAUCCUGCUGCUACGGCGCCUCCUACUGGACUGGAUAAACUAGACCUUGUCACUUUAAGGGGAAAUCAAAGUCAUUUUUCUUGGAGCCACCAGGGAUAUAAGAACAACUUGUAAAUGUACUUUUUAAUAUCUCAAGUUUUAGAACUAUUUGAUUUUUAAUAUGGUUUUAGAAAAACUGUGUUCGCCAUUUAGUAGUGUGAGUUGUUCCUUCUGAAGGUGUAUGGGUCUCCACGGUGGACUGCCCCCUGCUGGUGUGUGACAGCACCACAGGCACCUUCUUUACAACACUUUCAGUAGUGUACUGUAACCAUUUCUAUCAGUCCUUUAGACUUUUAAUCACAUGUCUGGAUGUUCUCCAGAUUUACCCGAGUUUGCUGUGUAUUAAAUAAUUUUCUAUGUUGUGUAGAUGAAGAAAUUGGAUAUUCACUGCUUGUUCUUUAUUGAACAGCACACCAUCUGCAAAAGAACUCAAAUUCUUGAUUUUCCUAUCAAUUUCUUCAUCAACAUAAUAGAGAUUUAAAAGAUUAAGUUUCCCCAAAAUGAACUGUCAUCAUUUGUGAGUAAAUGAGGACAGAAUUUUGGGGUAAAUUAACCUCAUAUGAUGUCAAACUUUUAAUACCAUGCUUUUGACUUUAGACUUUUGGUUUGAAAUGUAAUUUUGUUUAACUUUCUUUCUUGUCGUUGAUUCUACUGUUUAUAUGCUGUUAUAGUGCAAGGUUUGUACGGUGUGCUUUCAAUAUACAUUGAUGGAUUCAUGCUAAUCAGGAAAGAGGACAGCAUAGGACUCACACACGUUGUAAAAUUCAGCCUUAUUAAUGUAAGCCAUCGAUAUGCUAGACUCGAGCGAAACAAAAGCAUCUCGUUCAGUCGUCAAGAACACAAAGGGGGCGAUUGUAAGGGUGAAGUUGGGGGGUUGGUGCGAAAGUGUGGGUGUGGUCUGCACAUAAAGUUGGCAUCUGUACUGUAUUGCAGUGAUGAUCAUAAGCAUGCCUAUGUGAUUUAGUGAGAGGGGAGAGGUGCUAACGGGUUGGGCGGUUAAAUGGUCGUUUCAUUUGCCUUGAGUUUCUCAAGAGCGGAUUGAACAGAUUAAUGUGCUGUUGAUUGUACCGGAGCCCUCCACACCACACUAACAAUACAACAUAUUUACCUACGUCUCCAAAUGUAAAAAUCUAAUUGAAAUCCUUUGCAACAUAUUUUACGAUUGUGAUAUAAUUUAAAAUAAUACAUUUCUGAAUUGAAUUGUAUUUUCAAAAAAUGUAGGACUAGACUGAAAUUAUGCAUUAUUAAUUGAAUGCAUUGUACAAGUGAUUGUUGAUACCAGAAUAUAGGCGGGUGAUUUGAUUGAAUUUGCUAAAACGCAUGAUGGAUUUGUGACGUCAUAACCAAAAAUGUUCAGAUUAAGUUGUUACAUUUUAGUUAAAGAUAUUUCACAUUAAACUAAAUGUAUUGAUAAAGCAAGCCAACAUUUGGAUAUCACAUUUUUUUUGCCAUUUAUGUGUAGAAGCUCAUUUUCCCCUUUGUUUCUCAGGAUUGCAUGGCAUUGCAAGUAGUAACAGUUUCAUGACCUCUGGAGUAAAAUGGGAAAUGUGUUUUAGGUGACUUAUUUAUAUAACUGAAUUUGGAGUAUGGGUCUAUUUGCUGUUAUUUUCACAAAGUAGUAUUUAUCAACUUGUUGGACCGUUUUGUAUUCGAUUAUUUCUUGUUUUAUCUAAGCUGAGGCCAACUGAUAACUUUUACUAGACAUCCAUUUUUGUAGGCAUAGUCCACCAAUGCCCUUUUGCCUCAGUUAUUAUUUCUUGUUUUGAUGUGGUUAAUUACAGACAUUUACAGGUGAUAUAUAUAUAGAUUAA